AAAAAACCGCCGCCGCCAUCGAAGGAGAGGCACAGAAGCGGCAGUGCGCAGGCGCACACGACUCAAGGCUUCCCUGAGGCGCCAAAGGCUACUCCUCUGCUUGCGGGAGGUCGCUGUUGCUGCGCUAUGGCUGCGGAGUCCGCCUCCUCCUCCUCCUCUGCUUCCCCGAGGCCGCUGCAACCCGUCACUCACCUCCUCUUCGAUAUGGACGGGCUCCUGCUGGAUACUGAACGUCUUUACACAGUUGUGUACCAAGAAAUCUGUAAACGGUAUGGAAAAUCCUAUACCUGGGAUGUGAAAUCCUUAGCAAUGGGCAAAAAAGCAUUAGAGGGAGCAAAGAUCAUUCGAGAUGCCCUGGAUCUUCCAUUAACCAAAGAAGAGCUACUGCAUGAAUGUCAAAUUAAACAGGAGAAACUGUUUCCCACAGCAGCACUCAUGCCAGGAGUUGAAAAACUAAUCCGCCAUUUACAUCAACACAACAUACCCAUAGCUGUUGCCACCAGCUCAUCCCGAGUGACAUUUGAAAUGAAAACUAGUCGACACAAAGACUUCUUCAAUUUAUUUCAUCAUAUUGUGUUGGGAGAUGACCCUGAAGUGAAGGAUGGCAAGCCACAGCCUGAUGUGUUUAUAGUUUGUGCGAAAAGAUUUAAUCCACCACCACUUCCGGAAAAGAGCGAGGUGGAAGAAAAAUGCCUCAGAGGAAUGCCUUCUGUGAAUCGUACUGUAUAAAAGCAAAUAAAGAAAAACACCUGCUGCCAGCUUUGGUGUCAAAAUAGAGCUAGCUGUUUCUGAAACAAUUGAUAUUGCCAAGUAUUCUAAUUAACGACUUGCUGAGGUGUAUUUAAAACAUGCAAAUGCAAGAGUUUUGACUUUUGUAUCCAUUACUGUUUUUCUUCAAAUAGCCUUAACUUUUGUCCUUGCAUCUAUGUUGCAAAUGAGUUUGUUUCCAGGGAGUUUCUCCAUUGUACAACCUCAGGACGUAAUAUCAAGACCCAAUGGUUAGGCUGCACAAAAUGGUCACAUUCAAAUGUCAGACCAGCCAAAGAGUAAUGACACAGUAAUUAAUUUAAACUUUAUGAGAAUUCAUUAUAAGGCAGAUGUUAGUUGAAGAUGAACAUGUCUAAUGGAUUGGAUCCAAACAGCCUGCCAUAAAUCUGUAGGUUUGUAUCUGUUCAAGAUGUCAGCAAUCCCAGAUAUAGCCCUAAAGGGUCAGGGCAAGUGUGCUGUGUGAAAUAUACUGAAGAUUACCCCCUGAGUAAGAUAGCAUAUCUUUUGUAUCCAUAACAAGCCCAUUCUUCCAAGUGGCUUUUGAGAGGUAUGGAAGAGAUGCAGUCAUAUGCGUUGGCUAAAGGUAUGUAAAGCCAGCUCAAAAAGACUCAAUCAAUUCUAUGGCUUAGAAUCUAUUCUUCAAGGCUGCGAUUCUUCCUUAAUCCUCAUUUUUUUUUUCAUUUAGCUCAGUGAUGGCAAAACAAAUUCUCAUUGAACUAUGUUUUAUUAAGUGUGUCAGAUUCUGAAUCUUUUUCACUUUCUCAUCAUUGGGGAACAUGGGCAUCAGAUUGUCUCCCACCUCUCUCUUAAUUUUUAAAAAUGUACAUAGCUAAAAACAUUAUCUUUCAGAAAUGCACACGUACAUAUAAAAUGGGAGAAGAUGUAUAAAAUAUGUUCAUAUUUCCAUGUGAGAAAAAAAGUGCAAAGCCUUGCAACCCAGUAUUAAGCAUCACACACACUUUAUUAGAUAGUCAAAGACCUUUAAUUAAACAAAGUAAAAUUGUUUAGAAAAUAUAGUAAUUCGCCAAUUUAUAAUCACAAAAUACUGCCUAUACCAAUUACAACAGCAAAAGAAAAAUCAGACCCAAAAAAGAGUCAAUCUUUUUGGACUAUAAUAAGGGGAAGUAGAAAAUCUAAGGCUAAACCAGCAAAUUGCCCUGUGAACUCGUUUAAAAGGUUGCUCCUUUGAACUAAAUUAAUGGAGUAGACCUCUUCUUUGGAGAUUCUCUUAGAAUCUGCAAGUCCAUCUAGUUUUUGUCUGAAAGUCCACACACACCAGAACUUUAUAAGGAUUUUUCUGCGAAUGUAAGGACCACUGCUACAUAUUUCUAUAUGAAACUGUGCUGUUAUCCUUUGAUGAAUUUGUACUGUAUAUCUGAAUUUGCUUAUUAUUUUCCAAAACUCUAUUAUACUGAUAAGUUUCCUCUUAUGGUGACUGAAACUUGUGUGGUUUUGCAAGACUGUUCUUGCUCAGUGAUAGAGACUGUUCAUAACACAUAGACAUGCACCCCUCGGGAAACCAAAAAAGCGAUGUUUUUGUUCUCUUAAAAUCCUAACUCUUUAUACAGUUAACACAGCAGGAUAUCCAAACUGCAAAUAUUGUUGCUAUUUAAAAUUCAUUUAUUCAUUAGUACUUCAAUAGGGCUGCAGUUAAGUGGGUCACUCAAACACAUUUCCCCCCUUUUAUAGUAGAUAUUCUGUACAUCAAAAGCAGAAAAUAAGAAAACUUGAAUAAAAUGAAAGCUUUAUUAUGGCACAUUACCAAAAUGAUACACUUCUAAUUUGCAUCUAUAUCUAUAAGAGACAAACUAUUUUCAGCACAUCUUGUUGGCAUGUAGCUGUACAUCUUUAAAGGCAAAUCUCAUCAACUAUCAUAACAACCUAUAAAGUUUAUAUCAAUACUUUUAUAAACCGCUGUUUUGUGAUGUUAGAUGUGUCUUCCCACAUCUCUAUCCCCAGAAUAAAGUUUUCUUUCUGCCUGACAUUUAAUAAAUAUCGUUUAAUAAAUAUAGUUGAGCUAAGGCAGUCUGCUAGUGGUUUUUGAGAAAUGAAAAAUGUAUAUGUGUAUAUUUUAGGUAAUGAAAAGCUGUCAGAUUUAAAGAAACUAUGCAUGGCUUUCAUUUUUAUGAAUGAUUUUUAUAAAAAAGAUCAACACAGUUUGUGUAGCUUUAAUUCUAUUUUAAUAUUGUAUGUUCCGUGAUAUAAAAGAUUUAAUGGUUUUUUAAAAAAGUGUGUUCAUAUUUUAAUGCAUUUGUGCUAUUUUUGAUUUUGUUAUGUCAUGUUUUGGUAUUACUCCACCCUGGGUCCACCUGGGGAGAUAGGGUGGAAUACAAAUAAAUAAU